CUGUCCAACAAUUCCGCUCCAGACGUGCCUGAAUAUUUCAAAGCUGAUAUGCCGGCCGACUCAGAGUUGAUCAGUAUCAUUCAGAACAGUUGGCCUUACUCCGUCCCUAUCGAGAUUGAACACACGCUCAUCUGGUCGCGAGUGCCUAUUUUCCAUCCGGAUCUCAUCCCAUCGGAAAUCGAUGCACGGAUUCAACAAGAUGGGCUGUGUGGGUUUACGGGCAACGACGAGCCUCCACCCUCGCCGUCAACCCUGCCAGAAUGUCUGCCUGCGCUGGCAGAGUGGGGAAUCACCAUGGAGAAUUUAGUUCGCAGCCCCAAAAGCAGUCCAGAAAUCGACGAGAUGGUGAGUAAUGCUGGAAGGGAAAUAGACGGUUUCGUGAAACGGAGAUGGGUAGAGAGCGAGUGGGAAACUGCAUGGUUUGUCAAUCCCCCAGUGAGUGGACGAGCC